AUGGCGAUGUACUUGGCACUACUAGCCCUGCUGCUCACGACGGCUUCGCUCCUGAGUGCUCGGGAACUGUUUUCGAAAAGGGUUGGAUCGCGAAUUGUAAAUGGACAAGAAAUUGACAUAGCACUGGUGCCCUGGCAAGUUGCAUUGCGGAGACUCGACCGUAAUCGUUGUGGUGGCUCCAUUUACAGCCCAAAUAUCGUCAUAACUGCAGCCCAUUGUGUUUCUGAUAAAAAAGUAAGACAGUAUUCAGUACGAGCAGGUUCUUCGAACGCAUAUGAGGGUGGCCAGUUUAUUGCGGUGGAUUCCAUUUGGCUCCACGAACACUACUAUAGGAUAACCUUGGAAAAUGACAUAGCUGUGGUUCGGCUGGCUGAACCACUUGAGCUGGGAACUUUAGUGCAACCGAUUCGCUUGGCGACACAGAGUCCCCCAAAUGAAGCACCUGCUUAUGUGUCAGGCUGGGGCUAUACGGGAUAUUUAAUUCCUGACUAUUUGCAUGGAGUGGAUCUCAAAAUUGUGAGUUAUGAGCAAUGUAAAAAGUACUAUACUCCUCGGGGCCUUUUUAAAGAUAUGAUCUGCGCCUUGGAACGUUGGAAAGAUGCGUGCUGGGGAGAUUGUGGCGGACCCCUGGUAUCUAAUGGUGAACUUGUUGGCAUUGUCUCUUGGGGCUCUGACUGUACUAAACCUGUAAAACAACCAGGAGUAUACGCCAAUGUUGCAUACUUCCAUGACUGGUUGUUGAAAGCCAUAGAGUCAUUAGAAACAAAUCUGACACAUAUAUAAAAUACAAAGUAUUUUAUUUUUCUUCAACUUAAUCUUUCAAAUGUAUGAAUAUUAAUUUUUGAAUGAAUAAAAUUGUGUGAACAUAACAAGCA